CACGUCAUCCCAUAAGCGGAGAAGGAAGAUUCCGGGUCCGAUAACACGCCUGACCCUUUGAACCUUGGUAAAUACGCAAACGACACGCGACGCCAGGUUCUUUCCGUUUAAACAUCUUCAAUUAGAAAACAACGAGUUUCGAAAUGAACAAGACUUCUCAUACCGAUGAACCCUUCGAGGGCGAUGACGGCUACAACCAGAGCCCAAAUCCAAACUCCAGCGACUUGACUACCAACGCUGACUUCAACGGGCUCGUCAACAGUCGCACUUCUCUUCAAGGCGACACUCGUGCACUGCCAGACGCAGCGUCCGAUAUGCCAGGACAGACAGCCAACGAUGCACCUACCGAAACGCCCGGCGGAGGCAAAGCUAAUCUCCGGCUGGCUCAUCGGUCAAUCGACCAUGGCCAGCCCUCAGGCGGUCUGCACUCAGCACCCGCCAACCCCCCGCCAGCACCAGCUGGUUCCGCCGACAAGGGCACGCCGCUUCAGCGUCUCAAAGACACACUCAUCAAGAUUGGAUCUUUUGUUGGGCCUGGUUUUAUGAUUUCGGUUGCGUACAUUGACCCGGGCAAUUACUCGACCGACAUCGCCGCAGGAGCUUCGUAUCGCUUUCGACUGUUGUUCAUUGUAUUGCUAUCGAAUGUAUUUGCGAUUUUUCUGCAGAGUUUGGCGAUUAAGCUUGGGACUGUUAGUGGACUUAAUCUUGCGCAGGCUUGCCGGGCGUUUCUGCCGAGGUGGUUGAAUUAUAUCUUGUAUGUUUUUGCUGAGGCUGCUAUUAUUGCUACGGACAUCGCAGAGGUCAUUGGAUUUGCCAUUGCACUGAACCUUCUGGUCCCCAAAAUUCCGCUGGUUGCAGGAUGUGCUAUUUCCAUCCUCGAUGUCAUGGUUCUUCUUAUCUUUUACCGCCCUGAGGGUUCCAUGAAGGGUUUACGGUACUUCGAGAUGUUUAUCAUGUGCCUGGUUCUUGGCGUGGUUGUUUGCUUUUGCAUUCAGCUAUCUCUGAUUCGAGAUACCACCCCAGGCGAGGUAUUUCAAGGAUAUCUUCCAUCAAAGUAUCUCGUCGAGUCUGAGGCUAUCUACCAAGCUUGCGGCAUUCUCGGCGCGACAGUCAUGCCUCACAGUCUUUAUCUAGGAUCCGGCAUUGUUCAGCCUCGCCUACGUGAAUACGAUGAACGAAGCGCCCUGUUGCCUCGCCAAGUCUCUAUAGAACCCUCUGUGCUUGACGACAGCAUCGACAAAGGCUAUUACGUUCCAUCUGAGAAUGCAAUUAAACACUCUCUCAAGCUUUCUAUCCUCGACCUGGGUAUUUCUCUCUUUACUUUUGCCCUUUUUGUUAACUCAGCUAUCCUUAUCGUUGCUGGUGCAUCGCUCUAUAACAAUCCAAAUGCUCUUGAUGCAGAUAUCUUCGGCAUUCAUGAUCUGCUUUCUAAGUCUAUCUCGCCUACUGCAGGCACUAUAUUUGCUCUUGCAUUACUUCUCUCUGGAGUUUCAGCUGGAAUUGUGUGCACUAUUGCUGGACAAAUGGUCAGUGAGGGCGCUUUAAACUGGAAUAUUAAGCCAUGGCUGCGCCGCCUUGUGACUCGGAGCAUUAGUAUCACCCCGAGCAUUAUCAUCGCGGCAGCCGUUGGGCGAGAAGGGCUUAAUGCGGCGCUCAAUGGGUCGCAGGUGGCUCUCAGCAUUAUCCUGCCCUUCGUAACCGCACCGCUCAUCUAUUUCACAUGCCGUGAUAAGUACAUGACGGUCCAAACUGGUAGUGCACGCUGGCGUACGGGCGAUAUGGAUGAUGAGACAGACAUGGAUGGGGUAGUCGAACAAGGAGCUAGGUCUCAACGCGGCGGUGUCAAGAUGACCAACUCAUGGUUCACUAUGAUUCUGGCUAUUCUCAUCUGGCUCUUCAUGGCAAUCAUGAACGUGGCUAACUUGGUAUUCCUUGGCAAGUAGGCGGUGUGAGGGCGCUAUAGUUGCUCGGUGAGGAGCAACUGUGUAAGAUCGCUUGUUUAGAAGAGCAGAGCAUCCCCUGUGUAUUGGUG